AAAAAAUUACAUACUUCAAACUUCAAGGUUUGCAAUGAAACAAAAAAGUUAUGCAAAUUCCAUAAUCGUGGUAGAGUAGCCAUAUUAUAUAUAUGUGGAGUGGUCAUCUUUCUCAUUAGUCUGUAAAGCUUCGCGCCAAACAUUCAACAAAACUUUCUUGUCCAUGGAAGAUUUUCUGUAUUAUAUAUAAAAUUAUAUGAAUAUUAUUCAAUAAAGUUCCUAAAUUAUUAUAUCAAAAAUAUCUUCUCAUUAGGGCACCGAUACUUUUAGCGGCGCACCUCAUCCCCGCCUCCGCUGACUGCCCCCUUCAAUGGUUAAGAAAACGUAAGAAGAUGAUAAGGAAAAGGUCAAGAGUAGGAGCGAGAGAAGAGAAAGUUCUUCGUGGGCGUCUUCAAUCCUUCAAAAACCUCAAUUCGUCAACUGUUGAUGAAAUCGCCAAUUAUCUGUACUCUAGUUACCCUGAAUACAAACGACAAAAGAGGCCUAUUUUCAUGAAAUUGCUCCAGGAUGCUCUAGAGCAUAAUGAGCAGGGGAGCACCUCCCCUUCCCCCUCUCGGAAGAAGUACAAAAGGGAUGUUGAUGAUGGAAGGAGUUGGGAAAACAAUCAGAAUUGUUUGAGUGAGUCUGAUGUUGAUAAUGGGGUUGUGUCGAUGUCCACAUCAACAUCAACAUCAAUGUUGGGGGACAAUGAGAGAGUGGAGCCACAUUUCGAUUUGACGAAGUCGAUGCUUCGAGUGUCAUAUGCUGGAUCCGCCAAUUUGAAGAAGAAGAAGAAUGAGGAUGAGAAUUUAGAGUUGGAAUUGGUAUCGGACCAUCAUGUUCCUGCGAGUGAGGUUAGAGUGAAAUCAGGGUUUGAGGAUAUGGGCGGGAUGAAGGGGGUUUUGAAACAGCUUGAGAAGAAGGUGCUUAUGCCUCUCUAUCAGCAUCAGCUAUUGGAGUGGCUUGGAGUUCAGCCAAUUUCUGGCCUUUUGUUGCAUGGACCACCGGGCUGCGGUAAGACCAAAUUGGCUCAUGCCAUUGCUAACCAGACUGGAUAUCCCUUUUACAAUAUAUCUGCCACUGAGUUUGUCUCAGGAGUUUCAGGUGAGUCUGAAGAAAAUAUAAGAGAGCUUUUUCAGAAAGCACACAAGACUGCCCCUUCAAUUAUAUUUAUUGAUGAGAUUGAUGUUGUUGCGUCAAAAAGAGAAAACUUACAAAGAGAGAUGGAGCGGCGAAUUGUGACACAGUUGAUGACUUGUGUGGAUUCAUCUUCAGAAUCCAAAUCUUCUGACGAUAGACAGGGUUAUGUUCUUGUAAUUGGAGCCACUAAUAGACCUAAUGCUAUUGAUCCUGCACUAAGGAGGCCCGGACGAUUUGAAUAUGAGAUUGAGUUAGGUGUGCCAGAUGAAAAUGCGAGGGCAGAGAUUCUUUCUGUCAUCACAAGAACCAUGAGACUUGAAGGCUCUUUUGAUCUUCGUAAAAUAGCCAGGUCUACCCCAGGGUUUGUUGCAGCAGAUUUGAAGGCCCUGGCUUCCGAAGCAGGUCACCUUGUAGCAGAGAGGAUUUUGUAUGAAAGAAAGUCCAAUUCAUGUGGGAAUUCUAUAGAUCAGGAACAAAGCAUGGAAUGGUUGAAAGCACCAGUGAUGCCUGAAGUAAUGGAAGGGAUAAGCAUCACCAUGGCUGAUUUUGAGGAAGCAAUUAAAACAGUUCAACCCUCUACUAGAAGAGAAGGUUUUUCUGCCAUUCCUAAUGUAAAAUGGGAAGAUGUAGGCGGGCUAGAUCUUAUAAGGAAGGAACUUGAUCGAUACAUAGUUAGGCGAAUCAAAUAUCACGAGAAAUAUAAGAGGUUUGGAGUGAAUUUAGAUACAGGAAUUUUGCUUUACGGACCUCCAGGAUGUGGCAAGACCUUGAUAGCCCAAGCUGUAGCUAAGGAAGCAGGAGCUAAUUUUAUUCACAUCAAGGGUCCUGAACUUCUGAACAAAUAUGUUGGAGAAAGUGAAUCGGCGGUACGUACGUUAUUUAGCCGUGCAAGGACAUGUUCACCGUGCAUACUUUUCUUUGAUGAGGUGGAUGCCUUAACAAAAGAGCGUGGAAAAGAAGGCUCGUGGGUGACUGAGCGGCUACUGAACCAGUUGCUCAUCGAGUUAGACGGUGUAGAUAAGCGCCAGGGUGUCUUUGUAAUCGGUGCCACAAAUAGACCGGAUGUGAUGGACAAAGCUUCUUUGCGUCCGGGUAGGUUUGGGAAGCAUCUCUACGUGUCAUUACCAACUCCCGAUGAACGUGGUUUGAUCUUGAAAGCCCUGACGAGGGAUAAGCCUAUCGAUGAAAGCGUCGAUUUGAAUGCUAUUGGACGGAUGAAGGGCUGUGAUCAUUUUAGCGGGGCUGAUCUUCAUGCAUUGGUUAAUGAAGCUGCUUUGGCUGCUCUUGAAGAUGAAGAUGAAGAUAUUAUUAAAACAACACAUUUUGAGCAAGCACUUGCUAAAAUUUCUUCAUCUGUGCCACCUGAGCAAAGACAGUACUACCAAGUAUUAUCAAAGCACUUCACAGCAACAAUGGAGUAAAACUUAAAAGCUGCAUGUGCUAUUAGAAGCUUCUCUCUCUCAAGUCAGGAAUUUAUUUGUAAUUUUUUUAUUUUUAUUUUUUUAAAAAAAGAAGAUAAUACUGUGGGCAAUUUUUUUUGUUAAUUAAUUAGGGUCUAAAUUAGACAAAACCAAAUUUUCUGCUAGAUGUAUAAAUUAUAAUGUUUGGUUUAUUUU